AUGAUUAACGGCGUACCGAUGGACGCAGCUUCCCUGGCAGCCAUGGAGACAUUCCUCCGGGAAUACGAAGCGGCUGCAGAAGUCGACCAAGACACUUCGUUUUGCGCCCUCGGCGACAGCGGAACAAGCGGUGAUGGCAGCUCGAGCGGUGAGAUCCAGAACGCGAUGGCCUCCCAGCGGCGACUGCGAUACAUCAACAAGGUCAAGGCUGAAAGAGUGGCGCUAAAGCAGCAAGAACAAGCACUAUCCGCCCAGUUACGCGACCUCCAGCAAGCUCAAACCGUAGCAAAGGCGAACGUGGUUGAAAAUGUGGCACUUGGCGCCUGGAAAGCCGUCACAAUUCGCCAAAGAGAGAGUCGACUCGAAGCCGAGGAACGGCGCCGAAAGCUCCGGCUCAUCGUGGAACACCAGUCGAAGGUAAUCCGUGAGAUGAAAGACUUGCUGCUCAAGGUCACGCGCGUGCCGCACUGCCCAAUUACUCCCUCUGAUGGGCACUCGUUCGCAUUAUUCAGGGCGUUUGCGCGUGAGCUCAACGCGCUUCAUGGCAUGACCGACCAGGUCUGUAGUGGAGCCAACUUCAAGCCUUCUCCGUCGCCGCUCAACAGCAGCGCGAUGACAUCGCUGAUGCUGCACGACCCAAGAGGGGACCGCAUCGAAGUCGACGGAUCGGAGAACACCAGGGCCAUGAAGCACCACUUCGACUAUUCGCGCGAGUUGGGGGAGAGCGCGACCGUGACGAGCCACUCCGUGGUGAGGAGAUACAUCGAGGCUGAUCGAGUCGUGUUCGUGUGGCGCGCGCUCACCGAAGGCCAGGGCGACUUUGAGGGUCUGUACACCGAUGAAACCGCGUGGUAUGUGCUGCGCCCGUCAGCAGCUAAGGACGAGGCGAUGGUCGUGGAGGCGGACGAGGACGACGUCAACGCCAUGACUCGGACGCUAGAAGGCAUGCUUCUAGACCAGGCAUAG